GCUCAGUUACUAUUGAGACGUGCGACAAAGUGGUCGAUAAAGCGGAAAAAAUCGAAUUAAUAAGCGCGUGCCUGGGAAGCAAAAAACCAACGGCUAGAAGAGGGAUAUUUUUGAGAAACAACAACAACAAAAAAGCAAAAAUGAGAAAUUGUGACAAAACAAAUAUUUAUUGACAAACAAGAGUGUGAAAAUUUUAUUAAAAUAAAAAAGUGUAAUAAAAUCAAAGUUUCUUCUUACUCCAGGCAAUUCCGCUAUGACGAGUAGUAUUCUUUCGCAUUUCUGCCAGCUGUGACUUGCUUUUCGUGCGAACUUUUGCGCUAAUUAAAUACAGUGUAGAGAAAUUUUCACAAAACCAAAGCAACAAGCCAAUUUGUAACAAGGCAAGCGACAAAAGCGUGCCAUCGUUAAGUGUUCCGGUUUUCGAUUGUUAUCGCUUAGCUGCCGCAAACGGAAGUGAUAAGCUACAACUACAUAUUUAGCAUAAAAUGACACGCGUGCGACGAAUUGUGUGUGUGCAACAUUAACAACGAAAUAUAUUUUAAUGGCAGCGCUUAAAAGUAUGCAGCAUGCAGCGAAAUAAAGCUUAAGGCGACCAAAAGUAUGCUAUACUUAUACGUUGAGCUAGCAGAGUGCAACACAGCGCUGCAAAGGCCAAUUCGCAAUAAAUAUUUAUAAUCCUGAAAGAGUGCAUUACUAAAAAUUACUAUUGUAAUUACAACAACAUUGCGAUUACAUGAAAUUAAACAGAGAAGAGUAACGACUUAACAAAAAGAAAAUAAAUUAAACAAAUUAAAAAUCAAAGCAAAGGGUAAAUCGAAGAACUGAAGAGCGCAAAUGUGAAAGUGAAACUAUGUACAGAGUGCACUUACAAAGCGAAUGACUAGAAAUACAAUAUAACAAACGAGCUCACUAAUUGCUGCACACAAAGAAGCGCACCAAAAGCAAAGUCAAGGAUACGACGAAGCAAGACUACAACAGAUUACCAACUGAGUAAAAGCAACUACUACACGAGUACUUGAAAUUGUUGAAAGUAAUUGUAAGAAACUUAAGAAUCAAAAAAAAAAAACAAAAAAAAUUACAAUCUUAGUGCAUACAUACAAUUGCAAUAUCUACACAAUGACUAUAUGUAUGGCGAAAGCAACAACUGCAUCGAGCAAGCAACGAGCGAAUCCUUGUCAACACAAAGCAUAGAACGGCAAGAUUAGGACGCUUUAAGGAAGAUAGUGGCUUUCCGCAACAUAGCACUUGAAAGCCUCAACUAUCCGCUUACUUUUGCGCAAUUGACAGCUACAAGUGUUUGAAUUUAAGGUUUUCGAAAGUUGUUUUAAGCAAAAGAAGAAGAAGAAGAAAAAGAUUACAGCACUGCAGACAUGGCGGAAGGCGACAAUUACGAUGAUGAGUUGGUCUCCAGCAACCCCAACCAGCGGAACUGGCGCGGAAUUUUCAUCGCCUUAUUGGUGAUAAUCAUUGUACUGGCAUUAAUUGUUACAUCAGUGGUACUACUCACACCACCCGAUGAGGGGCCGCGCGUCAAGGGACAACGCAUCAAGCUGCAGGACAUUGUGGAUGGACUCUUUAUGCCACAGCGAACCAAUGGUACAUGGAUAAAUGGUGAGGAAUUUCUAUAUCAGGAUCAUUGGGGACGAAUUGUGUUAUUAAAUGCAACCAGUCUUACCGAAAGAGUGCUCAUGUCAAAUGUAACGUAUAAAACUCUUGCACCAUAUACUUUUACUAUAUCAGCUGAUAAACGUUACAUUUUAUUGGCGCAAAAUGUUGUCAAGCUUUUCCGGUAUUCAUUUUUGGCUCAAUAUACAAUCUUCGAUGUACAAACGAGUGAAAGCAUCAAGUUGAAAAUCGAUGCGCACAGCGAUGAGUGGCCCUAUCUACACUAUGCUCGCUUCGUGUCCACCCAAGCAGUUGGCAAUGACAAUGCAACCACCUCCGCGCCAACCACCGCCGGAAAUGCGCUGGUGCUGGUCUACAACUAUGACAUCUACUACUGCCAAGGGCCGCGCUCCACCCAUCAUGUGCAUCGUAUAACGCGCGACGCUGUGCCUGGCAUCGUCUAUAAUGGCAUACCAGAUUGGCUCUAUGAAGAGGAAAUCCUGCACUCGAAUAAUGCAAUUUGGCUCUCGAAGAAUGGACACUUAAUGCUUUACGGUGCGUUCAAUGAUUCGUUAGUGCAGGAGCAGCAUUUCGCUUGGUAUGGCACGACAAGUGGUGGCAAUCCGAAUGCGUAUCUCUAUCCGGAAAUCAGAUCAUUAAGAAAUGUAGAGCGCAUAAAUGGGAUGUACAAUGGAUGGUAA